AUGUCGGAGCUGCUUCCUCCUCCUCCUCCCCCUCAAAGGAGGACUUCCUGUUUCGGUGAUCCCGCAUUGUUCUUCCCUGAGUUUGCUUCAAAACAAUGCAAGCUCGAGAGAGUUACAGAGGAAGAAGGAGAAGGAGAAGACAGCAGCUAUGGUAGAGGCUCUUUUGACCUGAGCUCCAGAUUCUCAAGCCCUUCCGUCUCACGAAGCGACCACAGUUUCGGAACCCCUAAAAGGACUCCAUAUGGAAUUAAGGAGUCCUCGUCGUCGUUGAGACUCUCAGGGUUUCAAGAAGAAGAUGAGAUUGAUUAUCACAGUAGAAACUCAGGUUCCUUUGUGGAUCAUGUAGGUCAAGAGGAGAAGAGAAGAUGCUAUGGAUGUUUCAAAAGAUGCUGCGCAUGCACGUGCAUGCUUGUCUCCGUCGUUCUUAUCAUCCUCUUGUUGACAGGAUUGUCUGUGAACUUUUCCAUCACAUCUAGACUUCCUCAGGUUCUUGUCACAAAUAUCAAGUUCUCAAGAUUGGAUUUCACAAACUCUUCGACGGAUUUUCUGUUGAAUGCGAACAUGAACACGGUUCUUCAGCUUUCUAACAAGGACGACAAGACGGUUCUGUAUUACGGCCCCAUGAAAGCUGAUGUCUCUUCUGAGAACAUAAACCUCGGACAGAAGAAGGUUCUUGGAUUCACGCAAAGCCCUGGAAACGUAACGUCUUUGAAGAUUGUUACUAGGCUCAGAAAAUUUAAGGUUUAUGAUGUUGAUGCUACGUUGUUGAGAAGCAAAGAGAAGAAGUUUGAAGCUGUGGUUAAUGUGUUCUUGAGUGGGAAAUUGGGUUUUGAUUGGUUGGGAUUUAGGAUUCGUGUACCGAUUGUUAUUGCGUGUGAAGAUGUGAAGCAGAGUGAUGUGCUAAAUGAUCUCAAACCUACGUGUGAUGUUCGAAUCUUUUCCCGUUGA